ACCGGGCUUCGCCCAGCAAAGCCACAGCCCAGGAGGAGAGCUGGGGGUCAGGGGGAGCCUGCGUGGGCAGGGAGGGGGGUGUCAGCCCCAUUACCGCGGGCAGGGUGUCAGCAGGUUGCUGGCAACGUUUUCCCUUUGCCGACAACUCCUGCGCCUGCCUGCUCUGCCUCCUCUCGGGGGCUCUGCGCUCCGACUGUUGUUGCUCCGCUUGUAGUUUGGGACACUUGGGAUGGUGAUUUUCCUGCAGAAGCAGCUUCCUCCUGAAAAAAUUCCUUGAGGAGGGUGAUGGCCUGAGCUGCUAGAAAGUGUUUUCCUCCCUGUGCCGGUGCUGGAAGCAGCUCUUGGCAGGGAGACCUCCCUGUCAGCUGUGCCUGGAGCCCAACCUUAUCUUAUCCCGUGUUCCCGAACCCCAGAUCUCCAUCCCUGCUGCAUCUGGGAGCAGGGAUGGACCAAGAUCUGGAGACGGGUGAUGAAACAGCCACUGUGAUGUCUCCACUGGGGCUGAGGAUGCUCCUUGUAGCCCCCAGACCCUUCCUGGAGCAGCCCGAUGCCAGCACUGCAUCCAGGGACCAUCUGACCCAGGAGUUGUCCCUGGCAGUGACUGUAAGAGAGAGAAAACUGGGACAGGACCAAGUGCUUUUCAGUCUCUGGCUCUUCUUGUUUUAGGGGAUUUCUGUGUGUUUGGUGACCCCAGUAGGGUUUCUUGAUGCCCUUGCUUCGAGCAAGGGGUGCCUCUCCCCGUCCCUUGCACAGUGCCCCUUGGUGUCAGCCCCGGUUAGGGCUAAAUCUGCUUGCCCGGAUUAAGUGGCGCAACUGCUUGGGGAUUUAAAGGAUGACGUGAGGGAAGCCAGAGCAGGCUGAGCUCCAUCGAGGGAGGCUCCAGAGCGGCGCCAAACCGAUGCAUGAAAAAGCAGCUCCCCUGAAGAGCCCUGAGCCCAUGCACGGCCGUGAGAAACUGGAGGCAUCCCACAAGGAGAAGAGUUUGGAUUCCCUCGAUGGCAGCCUCCACCUGAAUGAAGCCCUGAAGGAUGAAGACAUCAAGAAAUGCCACCGCGAAGUGGCCGCUAGCAAGUACAACUCCCAGUACCACAAGCUGUUCAAGGACAUCCCGACAGAGGAGAGCGUGCUGAAAGUUUGCUCCUGCGCGCUCCAGAGAGACAUCCUCAUCCAGGGAAGGCUUUACAUCUCCCCCAACUGGCUCUGCUUCUACGCAAACCUUUUUGGGAAGGACAUCAAGGUUGUGAUCCCGGUGGUCUCCGUACAGCUGAUAAAAAAGCACAAGACGGCUCGGCUGCUGCCCAAUGGCUUGGCCAUCACCACCAACGCCAGCAGAAAGUACAUCUUUGUGUCCCUCAUCUCCCGUGACAGCGUCUACGAUGUCCUGAGGAGAGUCUGCACACACCUGCAGGUCUCGAGUAAGAAGAGCUUGAGUUUGAAGGAGCUGACAGAGGAGCCUGACGCCGUGUCGCUGGUGAGGGUCAGGGCGGCUCUGGGAGAGGGAAGGACGGCCAUGAACUCGCGCUGUGGGCAGGAGAGCGUCCGCCUGGCCCCCUUGGAGGUGAUUGUCCCCGAGGGCAAGUGGAGGAAGGUGUCACCCGCCUCGCUGUCACUGUCGCUGCCAGAUGCCGACUACCAGUGCAUCCACCGGACCUCUGUCAGCAGCCUGAGCGCCAAGGAGAGCUCCUUCACCUCUGAGGAGCCUCUGGUUUCGGAAAGUGCAAUAAACACUGAGGAGGAGCUGGAGGUGGAGCAGAGCUGUGUGGCAGAGCUGAGACCCUCUGACUACCAGCUCCUGAAGAUCUUCAUUGUGCUUAUCUGCCUCCUGGUUGUGUCCUCCUCGUACCUGGCGUUUCGCAUCUUCCGUCUGGAGCAGCAGCUCUGCUCUCUGAACCGGGACUACCUCUCCCGCGGGCCCAGGAGGUGACCGUUACCCCCAGCGCUGGCUGAGGACGGACGCUGAGACGGUGGCACCCUGUGUAUGGAUCCUAGUGCUGCAUCCUCCCAGCCAUGGCUGUUGCACGUGGUCCGGCUUUCCCUCGGCCAGUGAAACGGGACCAAGUAUCUUCUCUCUUCCCAGCGGGACCACCUGGCCGGCUCAUGGCCACUGGUGCCAACUCCCCGUCCCACUGGAAACCCAUUUUCUCCCCGGGACGCUGCUGGACUGUAGCACCGGACGAGAGCUCGGUAGCACCGGACGAUGGCUCGGGACUGCCGAGCAGUUGGACCUCCCCUUAGGACUUGCUGCUAAAACGGGUGCCGGUUUUUAUUCCAGACUUGGGGUUUUCUUGUUAAAAGAUGACCUUAGGCUCACCAGGAACCCCUAAAAAUGUGGAUGAAUUGCUGCUGCUGCUCUGGGUGAAGCCCGGGCAGUGGCUCUGGGCUGAACCUGCCUGUUUGUCCCCCUCUCGGUAUGCCCGGGGCCGCGGGUGGAGGAAUGGCCCCAACCGUGGGAGUCUGCAGGGAUGGGGAGAAAGGGGCCACCAGCCCUGUGGGGCAUCAUCUAUCCCAGCACCCGAGGGUGGGGAUACAAUCUAGGGUCCCCCCAGCUCUGCUGGGCUCCGUACUGGCCCCCAGCCCUUCUUUCCUGGAGUACUGGGCCAUCUCGGGGUGCGUGUAUGUGUGUGUGUGUCCCCUGCAAAGCACUUUAGGGUCCCCUAGACCAGGUGUCCUCGCUGGGGACUGCACCUGGCAAUGGUGCCGGACCAAGGCUUCGUUAGCCCCGCUCACCUCUUUAACAUGUCCUGAAAGGAGCCUGUGGCUGGCACCGGUGAACGUCCCGGAUCGCAGCGUGUCUGUGCCCUGGUUCGUGUUAACCUUGUCACCGCGUGCACCUGAGUGCCACAGGAUUUGUCCCGCAGCCUCCCCUGGGAGCACGCUGGGGCGGCAGGUGAUACCUGUGCGAUUCCUUUUCUUUUUCUUUCCUAUUUUUUUUGAACUACAAGUGCUGAUGGGGCCAAAUCCCCACACCCUGGGGAAGAGCUCGCUGCUCGCUCCAGGCUUGGAACGGCUUUUAAAUGAAAAUAAAACCAGGAUUUUCUAGCA